AUGAAUUUGAAGACGCCACGACGACCAUGGCUCCUACUUCAACUCAACUUGCUGGAGCAGAUCUUCUCCUUGGUCUUGCAGCUGCAUCAACAACAGCCCCUGCCCCGCCACCAAAGCAGACUAUCACUCGGAAAGAGAAACUUCAACUUGCAAAUGAGAUUCGAAAAGAAAAAGCCCUUGAUGAUGUCAAGAAAAUGGCUUUCAGAGAGAUUCCACGCACAGGAUAUGGAAUUGGGAGAAAAUUCUGAAGAUCCUAGUGCUUUUGUCCAUCCCACCACAGCGGCCACACUCCCCCCAGCCCCAAACGCAUUCUCCGUCGCAUACAACCCAUACAAAAAGACAGCUCCUCCAGUACAACCAGUUCCAGUCGCAUACAAUGGAUAUGCCAUUGAUGCAGAGUCCUUGGACUAUUGGUUCUUCAAUGUUCUUGGUAACACACGCGACAAAAAGGCUCAUGCCAUACUCAACCAAGUGUGCAUAAUCGUGGCAUUGAACUUGAAGAAGAAGUCAGGUAGAAACAACACGAAAGGCCAUCCAUUCCAGCCCAACUCCAUGGAGCAAUUCUUCCGAGGGACCUUCAAUCGCUUGAAAAAGAAAGGAAUCAUGUUCGACUUCGACAAGGACUUCAAUGAGGCCGGUCAAUUCCACGGUGUCGUCAAGGAAUGGUGGGCUGAGUACAGGAAGAUCGACCCAAAGUUUGGCACCAAUAGCGAGAAGAAGAGGACCAAUGAAGAUAUUUAUGGACUCGUUUGUAAAGUGGUAAGAGAUGGCGUGAUUUCCAUCAAGGAUCGACAACAUGUCUUUGAGGGAGUUCACUUCAAUGAUGGUUUGUUCAUGUGUUUCCGGGGAAAGCAAGAUCAUGCGGCGACUCGAAAAGACAAUCUUCGUAGUAGAGUCUACGAGGCUUCUGAUCAACUUGAAGAUGACAGUGAGGAGGAUCUUCCCGGAAUACCAUGGCGGGGAUUCUUCAUUCCCUUCAACAAGACAGAACAGCUUGAGUUUGGAAACACCAGUCUUCCACCGGAACCCGAUAGAAUCAAGACCAUGCAUGCGCUCAUAUCAAAAAGAAUAUGA